CUUUGUUCUGGUGCUGAAGAGGAAACUAGCGCCUGGAAAAGCUCUUCUUGCGUUCGUUUAAUCAUUAAGGUGUUUGGAAUACUGAUCAAUAUUCUUACUUAGAUUGAGUACCUGAGCAUAUUGUUUAAAGUCAUUUAAACAAUAUUAUUGUUAUAAUUAUUUUAGUUAUUUGUUUAUUAAAACCAAUAGAGGAGCGUAGGUAUAGGCGUUGAUCAGCCCCCCUCUAUGUGUUGAAGAAGACUAAACUUUUUGUGGAAACGAUUAUGUGAACACGCUGCUUUUUUUGCAAAAGGCAUCAGGUUCGAAGUGGUGAAAACGCCGGAGAAGGUUAAAAUUUCAAAACGACAGAUACUAUUUGAGUGCCGGAUGACACAGGUUAUUUAGCUAAAAUGGACGAACUGAAGGCAUAAACUGGUUUGGUUUAGUACGGUUCAAUAAAAUGCAGACGACGGGAAGAACAAUUUUUCUAAAUAGCAACUGAUGAGAUUUUUGAGUAUUCCAAUAAAUGGCUUAAACUGCUUCGAUUAUAAUAUUUCAAAUAGAUUUUCUCUGAAAAUAUACAAUCUAAUGCGGGGAUGAAUAGAAUCGUUACAAACUGGCAAGUGCGUGGAGCGUUGGUAGGGCUGUGCCUCGUGAUGAGGGGGCUCGCCCAGGGCCCCACGAUCGGGCCUUGCGGUGCCCACAACACGACUGAGAACUUCAACGACGCCUACAUUCGCGGACUUCCUGACGAAGAUUAUUUCAUGGUAAUGUCGGGUGAUCAGCUGUCGGAUGACAUGCGGAUGAAGUUCUUUCACAACUCAAUGAAUUCAUUGAUCAGACGGGGCGGUCUGCUCAGCACACAGGAGAGUACCGCGCGCAGGCUCACGCUGCCUCUGCCCCAGCCACCAUAACGCUGCACUCCCUCCCCGCUGGAGCAUUCGGUAGUGUAUCCGGCACUGUAACGUUCAGCGUUAUAAAGGCCGAGCCUGGAGUUCUUGACUUGAUCUCGUGCAUCAGUGAGGGCCUUCUGCACCAUAAUCGAAGACAUGUUCUGAUCUCCGCGACUCGGCUUCACUCUGUCAUAACAGCUCCGACCAGUUUAGACUCGGCCGCCAGCGAUACACCGAACUCCAAAAAUCAAGUUAGGUUGAAUGAGAUUUUGCGAUCAGGUGGUAAUGUUACGGCGAAUUUUCGACUGAAUAAUGUACUCGAAGGAAUUAUUUUCGUUCCUUCGCAUAUUAUCAUUCUUGGUCUACUGUGUUUGUCAUUUCCUGAUCCACCUGCAUGUUUCAAAAGAGUUGUAAAAGCUAUGCUAGAGCCGUUCUUUCCAUCACAACCAGCGGCCUUGUUGUACAACACUGCACCCACAUAUUCAAAUUCAGCUCCUAAAUUCUUAAGGCACCUUUUUUCUUUCCAGAGCCAUUCUGCAGUACACAGUUCAACCCAACAUGAAAACUGCAAUCAUGUCCCAAACUCAGCUGAACGCUUCAACAGUGUUGAAAAUCCGGAUCAGAAUAAACCCGUUGGAAGUCCCAUAUUUACUGGUUUGUUUUUAUUCAACACCGGACAGUACAACCUUUUCAUCCCAGGCUAAGAAAUACCUGGCUACCAGUGAGAACAAAUGGAAUAAAGGAUGGUGGUAAUGUUUUUCUUUAUGACGAUAACAAUUUAUAAAUAUUGACAAUUUUUAUUUGGUCAAGAAAUUAAUUCCUGUAGCGUGUUUCAUUUUCGUUUUUUAGGAUGGGGUAUUGCUUUCGUGUUAUUCAAAAUAUUCAUGGAUAUUUCUAAUUUAUUUUGUGUUGUUAUUCAUUUGCGCAUGACCAAUGGUAAUUACGUGCACAGAAAGCUAGGCUAUUUGAUGUUAUCAUUAGGCUUUCUGAUGAUAGUAAAAAACAGGCCGACAAAUCCAAACACACACAAACUAUCUAACAUCUUUCGUUUAUAGAGAACUUUUAUAUUUUAAAUUUUGAUUAUUCGAGCUUUUAAGAGCUAGAUUGACGAAUGAGAUCUCAAUAUGUAAUUUUAGGUUACUGAAUUUUGUACUUCUCGCAUAUAUCAAAUCCAUUCUACGGUUAUUGCAACCUAGAUUACAUUAACACUGCACAAACGCACGAUGAAACACAGUGCUAUAAAUUGACUAGAAAAAUAUUUUCGUAGUUUUUCUUGGAAAACAUUAAAAGCAUAGUAACUCUCAAGAAGUCUAAUUGGUCCAGAGCCGUAACAAAUUAUUUGAAGCACGAAAAGCUUGUCUAAUAUUCAGAAAUGCUAAAACAUCCUAAUGACUAUAAUAAAAAAAUGUGCGGUGAUCCUUUUCUACGUGGGCACUUUUUCGAAAUUGAAAUGAUUCAGAAACAUUUGUUGGAGAUGGAUGACUUUACCGAUAAAAUCUUACGCUACAGAUUCGAAAAUAGGUGAAAAUGGAUCUCAAAAUGAUUGAGGGACAUUUUUAAAAUUACUCACAAACUGUGUUCAAAAUAUAGGUAUUAUCCAACGUGACGGAAUUAUUGGCUUUGAUAUUAUCUUGAUUCUGCUUGAUGAUGCAAGUAAUGUAUCAAUUCGAAUUUCACUAUUUAUAAAGAAAUAUAAAUGUAUGAUCGCAUCCAUAAAAGUUGUUUAUUUCUUCAAUGACUGUGAAAAUAUUGAAUUUAUGGAUAAAUUUUUGACAACUUGCGUCUGCUAUUGAAAUUAGUUUGUUUUUAGCGGGUAAACUUUGUAAAAAAGAUUAAUUGGGAUUGACUCUGGGUAUGAAAAUUUUUAGCAUUACGAGGAAAAUUCUAGCAAUUUCGUAGAGUGCACAUUUACUAAUUCCUAGUUAGCACCAUCUUGUGCAGUAUGUCUAGUAUUCAUAAUAGACUAUUCUGACUGUAGAUGCUAAAACAUUAAUUACUAGUGCCGUGAUAUGUGUUUAACUUUUACUGAAAACUGUGCGGUGUUCCUUUUCUACUUAGGCACAUUUUCCGAAAUUGCAAUGGUGUUUUCCAAGAUUUUACGAAAUGGUCGCAAUGGAAAUUGUUUAAGAUAUGAUUAGUAUGAAUACAUUUUGAUGACAGACUCGAUUGCAGAACAACAUCUAUUAUGCUUCCCCUACAUAGUCUGCUGUAUGCAGUUAUUACGGGUUUUCGUCACGUCCAGUUUUUAGAAUGUAAGUAGCCAGCCAACCCAGUUUUGCUACCACAUUGUACUGAGUGGCUUGUAAAGUAAUCUUCAUUCAAAUCGUCUGUUUACCUAACUUACAUAUUUCUCCCCAUGAAUUUACUGUUGUGUACGACAUUGCGAUGUUUCUUGUGAUGAAGAUGCUUGCAAAGAAAAUAAAAACUCAUUUAUAUCUAACAAAUGGUUGAAAUUAUUUUCAGCGAUCAAUGCUACAAAUUUUGCCGACAUUGGUUGGGAUGAAGAUAAUAACAAAAAGUUUAGUUUCAUCGAAUUGCAUGAAAUGACAAGUGAAGCUAGUGGGAAAAAAAUAAUUCGUAGCCUUUUCCAGCGUUGGGUAAUCAAAAUUAUCUUCUGUAAGAUAAAGUGAUUAAUUUCCAACAAACAUUUCAGGCAAUCAAAUUAGGUUAAUAAAAUAAAUAAGGAUAUAAGCAGCAUGAAGUGGCAGGUGUUGUGUGCGGCAUUGACGGGGCUGUGCCUCGUGCUGGGGGGGCUCGCCCAGGGCCCCACGAUCAGGCCCUGCGGUGCCCCCGCCACGACUGAGAACUUCAACGACGCCUACAUUAGUAAGCUUCAUGAGGAAGGUUUCAUGGUGGUGAUGGCAGAGGGUCAACAGUUAUCCGACAAGCAGUUGAAGUUUUUCGACAACGGUACCUACCUCUGUGAAUAUAUGGACCGGACGGGGCGGUCUGCUCAGCACACGGGAGAGUACCGCGCGCAGGCUCACGCUGCUUCUGCCCCAGCCACCAUAACGCUGCACUCCCUCCCCAGUGGAGCAUUCGGCAGUGUAUCGGGCACUGUAACGUUCAGUGUCAUAAAGGCCGAGCGUGGAGUUCUUGACUUGAUCUCGUGCAGCAGGGAGGGCCUUCUGUCUCGCGCGCGAAGAUACGUUUUGAUAUCCACGACGCUGCGUCGCUCAGUCAUGACGGCUGUGAACAGCAUAUUCUCGGCAGCCACUGGAAUACCUAACACAAAUAAUAAUGAUUUGAUUUAUGAGUUAUUACGGUCAGGUAGUGAUGAUACAGCAAGUUCAAGACAAGCAGAUCUAGCUUUAAAAGUUUUUGCAAUUACAAGCAUUCCUUUAUUUGUUAUUAGGUGCUUAUUCUUUAAUCCAAAUGAAGAUCCUGGCACUUGCUUGUCAACACACAAAAAUUUGGUAAAAGGUGUUUUCUUCCCGACUCAGCCACCAGCAUUGUUCUACUACAGCCAACCUGACAUUACUUACUACCCUUACCAGCCACCUUAUGUCGGGCACAGUAUGAUCCAGCAUUUUGCCUUCAGUCCUAAGCCCGCUAAAGAAGUUGUGAGUGUUCCAUACUCGGCUCAGCAGACCCAAAGCUUUGAGAAUCAGAAGCAGAACAAGCUCGUUGGAAGUCCACUACUUUCUGGCAAUCAAAACUUGGGGCAAUAUAACCUUUUAUUGAGAGGCUAAAAAUUAUCCGGUCAAACAACUAUGAAACAUUAAAAAUAACUAGUGUAGUGACGCUUGUUAUUCAUCGGGUCCGUUUCGAUUUGUGAGAGGUUCUCAAAAGGUUGCCGAGCAGGAACAAUUUAUCAAAACAAAACCAAAACAAUGGUUAAAGUUACUCAAAUAAAAAAAGAAAAAAGGCUAAUAUUUCUAAUCUUAUAUUUCAUCUUAUAUUUCACUUUAGAACGAAAAUGUUUGCCCAUGGUUAUUGGUACCACGAUUAAUGUACAUGUCUCAAUGUCGCUACUGAGAUGACAAGUUUCUCAUUGCUGGAUCACAUGUUGGCAAGAUAUUUAUCACAAGAAACUAUAUAAAUACAACGUAUAUGAAAAAUGUUAUUCAUUUUCUAAUUGAUUAUACCCAAAAUAUAAUGAAAUUAUUGUGAAGAGUGGGAUUCUACCUUUACCACAAGCUCAACUAUUAGAAGCCUACGUUGAGAGAAUCCCAUGGCCUGCGAAACAGGAAAUUGGUUCCCUUUCGUGUCGAAAUUCAUUCAAAAUUAAAAUGUGCCAUUUAACAAAAAUGAUUUUCGCAGGAUUUAAUCCAUGUAAUUUCAAGAUAAUUGACGAAAUCCUUGAAAUUAUCAAAUUGUGAAGAAAUAAAAUUCUUGAAAAAAAU